GUCUACCUAGCACCUGAAAUACGCAUCUCAUGGCAAAAUGUAUAAAACAAAAGUUAUUUGUCACGUCAUUUGCUACCGAAAUGGUGAUCAUGGCCGUAGGACGAACCGUUCCCGAGAUACGAGCGAAAAGGCGGCGCGCCACAGCGCAAGGUGAAAAUCGGCUUGCGGCCACACUUCUUGACGUUGAUUUCGCCGAGUGCUAUCACUCACAUUCAUUCACCUACGCCAAAGGACACGUUCGGAUAGGUCUCCGCACAAAUAUUUUUUCAUCGAGUUCCUUCACUCUUGUCGUUGAUUUCGCCAGGUGCUAUCACUUAUAUUCUCUCAACAAAACACAGAACUCAAAAUGUCUGUAUCUAAAUUUAAAUUUAGACAGAAAUGUCCUGUGUUUGGCAAAUAUCCGUACAAUCUCUCUGAGUCCCAGUUACCUACUUACCAGGAUGUUCUUUUGUGUUAUCAGUUUGAAAGAUUUGGUAUAGGGCGACUCCGAGGCGACAACUAUGAACCUAGGAGUAAAGAGGUUACAGAAAUAGUUGCAAAAAAGGCUGAAAAUACUUUCAAAAAGUCAUCUAUUCCGAUAGUUUCACACACCAGAGUUGUACAAAUGCUCACCACAUACCAUAAGAAAUUUCUGACUCUUAAACAAAUGGUUUUAAGGAACCCAAUAGGUUUGAGCUCUAAAAGAGACGACUUUGUCUCUUCUGCCGGAAAAUUAUUUGACAUCGCUGCUUGUAAAUGCAUUUAUUUUUCUUCUUGCACUUGUCCAAAGGUAAGGAAAGUUCCUAUCAAUGAACAACCAUUUCUCUUGGACCAGAGAACCACAAGAAUUGGUCGCAUUGGAAGUGUUGAUCUACCUGAAACAAAAAAGAUUACAAAGAAAAAUGAACGUAAAGAAAAGCUUUCAAAACGUCAUUCAACAUCAACACUUACCAGAAAAGUAUCAGCUAGAACACGUGACCAUUCAGAUCAGCCAGACUCUCAUACAGACGAAAACAAUGUAGGCGCGUCGCACAUUGAUUCUUCGAAAAACGAUGGUGAUGAUGAAUUUUCUCUUCCGUCCUCUAAAACCAAACAAAACACACUAGUAUUAGAACACACUGCUUUAGCUGCCCAAAGAUUUGGAGUAAGUGAUAGAGUAGCGGCCUUGAUUGUUUCAUCGGCUUUUCUGGAUGCCAAAAAAGCAGGUUUGAUAACAGAGGAUCAGGCUAGCUUUGUCACUGACAAAUGCAAGAUUAGUCGGGCAGAAAAAAGUGUUGGUGUUAAGCUCCAGAACACCGAAAGUAUUGACUCCGUAUAUGGGCUGUAUUUUGACGGCCGCAAAGACAAUACACUUACACAAGUCAGCGAAGGUGAAAAGUACUACCGCGACACUGUCAAAGAGGAACAUAUUUCUCUUAUAGCGGAACCUGGUUGUCAUUACUUUGGCCACGUCACUUCUCCUUCCGGGUCAGCUGAGGAUGAGACGGAAGCUAUAUGGCAACAUUUACAAGACAAUUCAGUUGAUGUGGAACAUCUAGAAGUUGUCGGUGCUGAUGGCACCAACACGAACACAGGUUGGAAAGGUGGAAUCAUUCGGAAACUAGAAGAAAGAAUAGGUAGGCCAUUACAGAGGGUUGUUUGUCUUCUACAUUCCAACGAACUUCCAUUCCGUGCUCUUUUCGAACACAUAGAUGGUGUCUCAAAGAGUCCAAAUACAUUCUCUGGCGACAUAGGUAAACUGCUCCCUUAUUGUGAGAAGUUGCCUGUUGUCAAAUUUGAAAGUUUUCCAUCCUGCCAAUUACCUUCUGAGGUUAUUAAUCCGACCCAACUUAGCACAGACCAAGCUUAUCUCUAUAAAAUAUCAGAAGCUGUUAUUUCCGGUCAAUGUUCCUCAGAUUUAGCGUCGAUGCAUCCAGGUAACAUGUGCAAAUCUCGCUGGCUCACCUGUGCAAAUAGAAUUCUGAGAUUAUACAUUUCUACUGACAAACCAACAAAGGAAAUAAAGAUUUUGGUCAAGUACAUACUUACAGUUUACCCACCUUUGUGGUUCUCAAUAAGAUUCAACAGUUCAAUCAAAGAUGGCUCGCGCCAUCUCUAUGCUGCAAUUCAAAGGUCGAGAUACUUACCCGCUAAACUGCGCAAGGUUGUCGAUUCAUCCAUUCAACAGAAUGCUUUCUUUGCUCUUCCAGAAAACAUUCUCCUUAGUAUGAUGACUGACGAACGGAUAGAAGUCAGAAAGCUGGCCCUUGACCGUCUUCUGGCAGCCAGAGAAGCAGAGUCUGACACCAUAAAUGGAAGAGUUAGAUGUAAUAAAGUGCCAAAGCUGAAUUUCAAAGCUAAUACUUAUUACGAUAUGAUUAACUGGAAGACUAUUACCUUGACUGUUCCAUCAGUUCUUUGUUCAGUUUCUAACGAAGAACUCAUAAAAGGGCUGUCGGGAGACACUGCAGAGGUAUGGAAAUUUAGUGAAUUCCCCUCUCACACCGUGGCAUUUGAGAGAAUCGUCAAACUGGUGACAGAGGCAUCUUCUAAAGUUAUUGGCCCCCAAUCUCGUGAUCUUUUUAUACGCUCUACACUGAAAUCUAGGCAACAAGUGCCAAAGUUUAGUACAAAAUCUGAUUUUAUCAAUAAAUUUGACACAGAUUCAGACUAAAACAAGCCUGACAUAUGGUUGGUUGGUUGGGUUGGGCUUGGGAGGAACCCGAAGAGCAGCUACCUCCACGCCGUGGGUUCUGGGUGACCAAUACAGGUUAGCUGAGAGCUGCAACAAUUUUGACCUUGCGCUGUGGCGCGCCGCCUUUUCGCUCGUAUCUCGGGAACGGUUCGUCCUACGGCCAUGAUCACAUAUACCAUUUCGGUAGCAAAUGACGUGACAAAUAACUUUUGUUUUAUACAUUUUGCCAUGAGAUGCGUAUUUUAGGUGCUAGGUAGACAAUUUCACGAUUUUAGGCGAAUUUCCGAAAUUUCAAGGCCGAGGUUCGGGUUGAAGAUGCAAUCCGAUCUCAAAACAAAAAGUUGCAUUAGAAUCAGGAAGUACUAAGGCAACUUUUCCGCACUAUUAGAAAUACCGAAUCGAAAAAAUUCCGGAAUCGACCCACCCU